UCAUAAAAUCCAUUCGUGUUUGAACCAACCAGUUAUGGGCUCGGAGGCUUCACUAAGACUCCCGUUUAUCGAUUUCUCUAAUGUUGAUCCAAACACAAACGCUCUUGGUUGGGAUCUAACGAAAUCCCGAGUCCAUGAAGCUCUCGAAGAAUUCGGUUGCUUCGAAGCAUCAUUGGCUGACAUCUCACCGGAGCUCCAAACGUCCAUUUUCGAUUCGUUACAACUACUUUUCGAUCUCCCUUUGCAGACGAAACUCAAAAACCGGUCGUUGAAGCCUUUUCAUGGCUACGUCGGCCAGUACCCGAUGGUGCCGCUCUACGAGAGCAUGGGCAUUGACGAUGCGCCCGUUCUUGAAAAAGCCGAAAGCUUCACCAAAAUCUUGUGGCCCGAAGGCAACCCCAAAUUCUGCACGACCAUACAAGAGUUCUCGGAGAACCUAUCGAAACUGGAUCAAAUGGUGAGGAUGAUGGUGUUGGAGAGUCUGGGAUUGGAGAAAUACAUGGUCGAACACAUGGGUUCGACCAAUUAUCUGCUUCGGGUAAUGAAAUACAAAGGACCCGAAACAAACGAGCCCGAACUCGGACUCAACGCUCAUACCGACAAGAACACACUCACAAUUUUACAUCAAAAUCAAGUCGAUGGAUUGGAGGUACAAACCAAAUCUGGAGAUUGGAUCAAGGUUCAACCAUCACCCAACUCUUUCAUAGUCAUGAUUGGUGAUUCCUUUUAUGCAUGGACGAAUGGGCGACUGCAUUCGCCGUAUCAUCGGGUGAUGAUGAGCGGAGAGAAGGCAAGGUAUUCUCUCGGAUUGUUUUCGAUACCGAAGGCUGGGUACGUGAUCAAGGCUCCGGAGGAGGUUGUGGAUGAACAACACCCGUUACUUUUCAAACCGUUCGAUCAUGUCGACUUCCUUCAAUUUUACUACACCGAGGCCGGCCAACGAGCCCAAUCCGCUCUCAAGACUUAUUGCGGUACUUAAGAUACUAUUUCAGUAUGUGUUGGCCCUAGACCCCGUAUUUGUGUGAGAUGUUGAAUCUUUUUUGUCUGUAUUUACACCAGUCAUGUUUGCGUCAUCAUUUUCUUGUUGAUUUCAUUCAGUUUUGUGUUUGUUUUUGUAUUGUCGAGUUCCCGUCAUUAAUAAGAAGACAAGUUUGAACGUUUGC